UUCGUCAGUACAUCACACCAGUGUGCUCCUAUUACUACGCAGUGCUUAUAUGAACAUUUUUGUUAUUUCAACUAUUCGAACACACCACAAAAGGGCUUAAAUUCUGAAUUAUCGACAAUUGUAAAACUUUAGUUCAUUAUACGAAGUUCUUUGCAGUUGGUCGAUAUAGCGAUACGUUCUGCAUACCUAGUUCACGUUAAGACGCAUUAAACUGAAAUCAAAACGACGUUUGUUUAAAUCGUAUAAUACAAUUAUUUUACUCUAAACAUGUCGAAAACCAUAGUGGUGUUGACAUUCGUGUACACUGUAUUGUAUAGCCAAAAAAACGCUUUUCACGCAGAUGCCGCUCCAUCAAUCACACGCGACGAUUUGACUGCUGAAACGGAAGACCAGCGGAAGGCCAACCCAACUGCGGACCAAAUCGAAACGCCACUGAUCAACAGCGGCGACGAUGGAGUGCACUCCUCCUCAACGACGGAAGGCGACAUGUUGGCCAAGGGUGCGCUUUCCGGUCUCGUUCCCGGAGGUGGCGGUGGCGGAGCAACUUCGGCCCCGGCCACCAGCACGCCCGCUGCCGGUUCGGGGGGGUCAUCACUGCCGUUCGGGGGCCUGCCGACCGGGAUUCCCGGGGCCGGGGGACUGCCUUCGUCCUACCUGCAGGGAGGUGGCGAUGACCAGAGCGCUAAGCUAAUCAUUGGUGGGUUUUCCGCCUUAGUAAUGCCCAUAAACAUGGGCAACAUGGCGUCGAUGCUGUCCGCCGGACAGCAACUGGGUCAGCUGGUGCCCAAACCCGGUGUCGGUUAGACAGUGGCUCACGACCAGCAUAACAACCUAACCGUAUUAUAAAAUAGCACACAAUUCGCUCGGGGCAUUCAUCACAUUAUAUAAGUACAAUAAUAUGAUACAAUAAAUACAUAAAUAACAGUAAAAUCAGUCUUGUUUUUUUUUAUUUUAAUAAUUAUUACUAUCAUUAAGGCUGUGAAUAACACUUUUUCGAUAGCAACAACUCAGAAUAAGCACACAAAUUUUUUUUAUAUUUUACUCAUAGUUAACACCACGGAUGUAUUGAGCUUUGAUUUUAGUAAAAAAAACAUAUUAUAGGUACUUACCUAUCUUUAUUUUCAAUCCUAGUUGUUCAAGUUGCUGCUAUCGGUACCUAUAAAUACACAAUGUAUUUCGUAUUGUUUUAAAAAUAAAUUGAUUAAAUAUAUAAGGUAUUUGUCCAUGAUUUCGGGUUUGUACCACCAAGGGGGCGGUAGCGUUUAAAUAUCGUUUCAUUUUUCUUACAUCGACUGAAGUAUAUGCGUUCAAUCGGGCACGUAAACAGAAAACAAUUUCGAGGAAAAGGGGUGGUUGGUGGUCAUAAGUAAAAAAAAACAAUUCUAUUGUUAAUGAAAUUAUUGUAAAUUUAUCUGGAUGACCUUAUCGUGGUUAAUUAUGUGUUUGAUUUGGAUAUGUGAUUGAUUUUAUACUAAUCAGGUAUAUGUAGAUUAUGUCCAUAUGAAACAUUUUUUGAAAACAUUUUGGAGAAGAGAGAAGAAAUUUAAUAUGCUGUUUAAAAAUUGUAAUGGUAAAAUAACCAAAGACAAAUAAAUUAUGAACAAUAGUACCUUCAGUGUAUGAAAUGUUCAAUUUUUAGGUAGUUUAAGGAUAGGAUUUAACUUAAAUACUGAUAUAAUGUUCUAUGUUUCUUCUAUCAAUAUACGCUCUCUGCAUAUUUAAGGUUUUGCUUGAACAACAUUUAGAUCCUAUGUUACACGCCACUAAACUUAAUAAUUGUGAGCGUUGAAUUUUGAUUUUGCCUCACAAUUAAUUUCAAAGUUUUGCACAACUGGAGGAUACCAUACAUUAUAAGGGAUUCCGUGAAACCACAUGAUAUACACUAAAGUCUAUAGCCGUAGAGUCCCGAUGACAUUCUCACCUAGCGAGUAUUAUUGUACUAUUACGUUUAAACUUGUGUU